AAUUUGGCUAUUUCCUCAUUAAUGAAAUGACAUCGAAGCAUUGGCCAUUGGCAAAGAGUGGACUUUUAUAGCUUAGAGAGCAUCAACAAUUGAGCCCGUUCAAAACUUCACAGAACAAAUGGACGCCAAACGCCAAUUUUCUCUGCCAUUAAAGCUAAUCUUAUUCUGUAUUUUAGGAACAACAGGAAUUUGCGUUAGUCUGAGCAGCACCAAUAUCAUCAAUCGGCAAGCCCAGUUUGUGGAGGAUGAGGAUUUCAAGAUUGAAGAAGCCAGCAUCCCAGAUAUCCAGCGGGCCUUCGCCUCAAAAAAGCUCACUUCAAGACAACUGGUUGACUUCUACUUAAACCAGAUCCACACCCUUAAUCCGGUGCUUCGCGGGGUAAUUGAAGUGAACCCGGAAGCUCGAGAUCAAGCAGACGAGGCUGAUCGUAUUCGAGACAGCAUCAAUUGCAAUGCAUCAUACUCGACGUCCUUGUUGAGUGAUAUGCAUGGAAUUCCUGUGCUCCUCAAGGAUAGCAUCAACACUUAUGAUAAACUCAAUACUAGUGCUGGGUCGUAUGCCCUGUUGGGGUCAAAGGUGGCUCGAGAUGCCGGGGUGGUGGAACGCCUCAGGGAAGCCGGGGCCGUCAUUUUGGGCAAGUCCAGCAUGAGCGAGUGGUACCAGCUUAGGGACCCGAGGCUCCCCAGUGGCUGGUGUGCUAGAAGUGGCCAGGGUCUGAAUCCUUAUGUGCAAGGGGGAGAUCCUUGUGGAUCCAGCAGUGGAUCUGCAAUAUCAGUAGCGGCAAAUAUGGUGGCCGUUUCACUGGGCACUGAAACAGAUGGGUCUAUCCUCUGCCCUGCUGAUUCCAACUCUGUUGUAGGCUUUAAACCCACUGUUGGACUAACUAGCCGCGCUGGAGUCAUACCUGUUUCACCCCGGCAGGACACAAUUGGCCCAAUAUGCAGAACAGUUUCUGAUGCUGUUUACGUGCUUGAUGCAAUUGUGGGGUUUGAUCCAAGAGACCAUGAAGCGACAAAAGCAGCUACGAAGUUCAUUCCUGUUGCUGGCUAUAAGCAAUUCCUCAACAAAGAUGGGCUCAAAGGGAAGAAAUUGGGUGUGCUAAGAAAUCCCUUUGUCAACCUUUCGAAUAGGUCCAAUGCGGUUCCAAUUCUUGAGAGUCAUUUGCGCACAUUAAGCCAGCAAGGUGCAACUAUUAUUGAUGAUUUGGAGAUAUCCAAUAUUGGUGUCAUUUUAGACCCAUUUCAAAGUGGUGAGACUGUAGCAAUGCUGGCUGAAUUUAAGCUCUCCCUCAACGAUUAUCUGCAAGGCCUGACUGAAUCCCCUGUGCGGUCGUUGGGUGACAUUAUAGCAUUCAACAAAAACAAUCCGGAUUUGGUAUUUUGGAGAGUUUUGGUGACUUUGAUGGUCAAGAUUUUUUCAUUGUAGCGGACUUCACAAAUGGGAUUGGUGAGCAAGAAAGGAAGGCAAUAGAGUUGAUGGAAAAGUUGUCAGGAGACGGCUUCGAGAAAUUGAUUUUGGAGAACGAUUUAGAUGCGGUGGUGACAUUAGGUUCAUCAGCAGCAAGAGUUUUGGCAAUUGGAGGGUAUCCUGGAAUCACUGUGCCUGCCGGCUAUGAUAGAGAUGGGAUGCCGUUUGGGAUGCUUUUCGCUGGUUUGAAAGGGAUGGAGCCGAAGCUAAUUGAGAUAGCUUUUGCUUUUGAAGAAGCUACCAUGAUCCGCAGGCCCCCCAUCUACAGAUCAGUUGAAUUUAUUUGAAAUGCUUUCCACUGCGUCUUUGAUCUCAGGCAUGCGAUUAUGAGGUUCAAUAGUGUAAUAGUAAAUGGAAUUUCAUUUCUUCUAAAACUUAAUGUUCACAUAGACGGGAAUAUUACUAAUUGCAAAAGCAAGAGAAAGUGGUGUAUUCGGAGUUCGUUAAA